GGAUAGAUGCUCUCUGUCUGACAUUUACCUUCCUUCGUUUGGGCUGGGCAUUUUGAAAGCCCCUUGGAUAUCUAUGCUAAGAAAAGAAUGCAGUUGUUGAACCUCAGAGGUGGGGAAGAUUUUAAUCCAUGAAGAUAGAUACGUUGGAGGAGAAGGACAAGGACUUCCCUGGGGCGGGAUGUUAAGGAUGUGGCAAAGAGGAAGCCCCCAGGAGCCGUGAGGUCUGGGAGGUCAGGAAUCCAGAAACAGCUUGGCUGAGUGGCUCUGGAUCAGGGCUUCUCAAGCAAGGUCGGCUAUUGGCUGGAGCUGUCUCAUCUGAAGGCUGGACUGGAAGAUCCGCUUCCAAGAUGGCGCACUCACACGGCUGUUGGCAAGAGGCCUGGGUUCCUCCUCGCAUGCAUCUCUCCACAGGGCUGCCUGAGUGUCCCCAUGACAUGACAGCAGGCUUCCCCCUGCAUAAGUAAUAGAGAGAAGAGAGGGAGAGAUCCUCUUUGGAGAAACGUCUAUUCAAAACCUUCACCCAUUUGAAAAAUCCACCGUGUCUUCAGGGGCCAGCAUGAGCACCUGCCAGAGCCUGAUGGAGCAGCUCAGGCUGGAGGUUGGGGUGGAGAGGAUCAUGGUCUCUCCAGGGGCCUCAGAGCCUCAUCACUACAGGGUGCAGAAUGGCUGCCAGAAUGCUCUGCUUGUCUGUGUUCCAGUUGGAAGCGACCCCUGCCAGGAGCCCAGAUCCUGAGCCUUACUCUGAAGAGUGCAGGGCAGCAGUUGGUGGAGGAGGCCCUUCAGACACAAUGUGAUGAAUGAUGCCUUUAAGUCUCAAGAAAACCUUUUUCUCCAGCCAAAUGACUGAGAUAUUUCAGACCUUCCCUGUGGCUGGUCCUGCAGCCAAAAUUCUACAGAAAUUUGUGAUUUUCCGCUCAAAUAAGGAAACUGACUGAAGGAGUGGAGUUUUAGAUAAUAAUGGCUCAAUUCUUGGUAAAGUGCUUUAUAUGAAGAUAAGCAAAAAAAACUUACCAUUCAUCAGGUGGUGAACUGAAAUAUUUUAUUGUUCUUUAUACAAAUUCAAUUUUAAUAUAUUAAAAUUCAUGACUUAAACCUA